CAGAAAUAGCCAAGGCAGCAACAAGCUAGGAAAAUGUUCUCCCGACUGGUUUGUAUCAAUGAUUAUGAACAACAUGCUAAAUCAGUACUUCAAAAGUCUAUAUAUGACUAUUAUAGAUCGGGGGCAAAUGAUCAGGAGACCUUGGCUGAUAAUAUUACAGCAUUUUCCAGAUGGAAGCUAUAUCCAAGGAUGCUCCAGAAUGUUGCUGAAAUUGAUUUGUCAACUUCCAUUUUAGGACAGAGGGUCAGCAUGCCAAUAUGUGCUGGAGCUACUGCCAUGCAGUGCAUGGCUCAUGUGGAUGGAGAACUUGCCACUGUGAGAGCCUGUCAGGUCCUGGGAACCGGCAUGAUGCUGAGUUCCUGGGCAACCUCCUCAAUCGAAGAAGUGGCAAAGGCUGGUCCUGAGGCGCUUCGCUGGCUGCAGCUAUACAUCUACAAGGACCGGGAGGUCACCAGGCAGCUGGUGAAGCGAGCGGAAAAGAUGGGCUACAAGGCCAUAUUCGUGACUGUGGAUACCCCUUACCUGGGAAACCGCUUUGACGAUGUGCGGAACAGGUUCAAGCUGCCUCCUCAAUUCAGGUUGAAGAAUUUUGAAACCAAUGAUUUAGCAUUUUCUCCUACGGAAAAUUUUGGAGAUGACAGUGGACUUGCUGCAUAUGUGGUGAAAGCUAUAGACCCAUCCAUCAGUUGGAAAGAUAUUGAAUGGCUGAGGGGACUGACAUCAUUGCCCAUUGUUGCAAAGGGCAUUUUAAGAGGUGAUGAUGCCAGGAAGGCAGUUGAGCAUGGUCUGGAUGGGAUCUUGGUGUCCAAUCAUGGUGCUCGACAACUUGAUGGAGUGCCAGCUACCAUUGAUGUUCUGCCAGAGAUUGUAGAGGCUGUAGAGGGGAAGGUGGAAGUCUUCCUGGAUGGGGGCGUCAGGAAAGGCACUGAUGUUCUGAAAGCUCUGGCCCUGGGUGCCAAGGCUGUGUUUGUGGGGAGACCCAUCAUAUGGGGCUUGGCCUUCCAGGGGGAGAAAGGAGUCCAAGAUGUCCUUGAGAUACUAAAGGAAGAAUUUCGGUUAGCCAUGGCUCUGAGUGGGUGCCAGAAUGUGAAAGUCAUCGACAAGACAUUGGUGAGGAAAAAUCCUUUGGCUGUUUCCAAGAUCUGACAGUGCACAAUAUUUUCCCAUCUGUAUUAUUUUUUUUUCAGCAUGUAUUACUUGACAAAGAGACACUGUGCAGAGGGUGACCACAGUCUGUAAUUCCCCACUUCGAUACAAAGGGUGUCGUUCUUCUCUAACAAAAUAGCAAUCCCUUUUAGUUCAUUGCUUUUGACUUUUCAAUGGGUGUCAUAGGAACUUUUUAGAAAGAAAUGGACUUGCAUCCUGGAAAUAUAUUAACUGUUAAAAAGAAAACAUUGAAAAUGUGUUUAGACAACGUCAUCCCCUGGCAGGCUAAAGUGCUGGAAAACAAAAGAUAUCCUUUGGUAAAAUUGGAGGUAGCUAACAGAGAGGUAAAAAGAUAAUGUUCUCACUGUGUAUUAACCUGCAUUGUGUUUGGAUACCCUUAAAAUCAUGGAUCUUAAAUUGUAUGCUCAGAUUUGAGAUAUUGGAAAUGCCUGGAGAAAUGUGAGAUUCCGAAUUACAACCCAGAAGAGAUAGUACCGGGAAUUGGAAUGGGUGAUGGUAAUUUGUGAUUUUUCUAGAUAGUUUUACUUUCUAACACCCCUGAGCCAAGCUGCUGCCUUGAAGGUAAAUGUCCAUUCUCAUUGUUAUUGUUUAAGCAGAUCUGAAUUUAUGGUGUAUAUUGCUUUCUAAUCAUAAAUAAAUAAUUUUUA